AUGAGUUUAAACAAUCCAUUUGCGACGUUUCUCGGAAAGAAGAUAACGAGUACUAAUGCAGGCAUUAAACGUUCUCGUGUGGAGGAGGAUAUAUCACUAGUGCCUACUUCGUUAACAGAAACACGAAGAACGACUUCUUCAGCAACAGAUGCUGCUUCUGUUUCUGACGUUUCACCAAAUGCGGCGGAGCUUACACAUGAUAAAAAUUCGUUUUCGACUAUUCCUGCCUCUUCAAGCCCUGUGAAGGUUGUUCUUUUACCAGAUGAUGGAGAGGAAGAGGAAGAAGAACUUCGUCUCUUAUUGGGUGACACGAAUAAAGUAUUUAUAAGACCUGAGAAGGUAACACUACCAGCAGUAGCAGAGACGGGAAGAAUAUUAAAUGAAAGCCCGUUAAUGGGAGAAGCCGUUCACACAGUCGAUUCUUCUAACAAAGCGGUAUCACUUAAAGAUCUUCCAUGGGAUACACGGUCUAAUACAGUGUUGGAGGAACUAGCAGAACGUUUUGAAGCCCAAUUUAAAUGGGAACUACAGAAAAAUAAAGAACUUUUAGAUGUUUUUGAACCCUUUUUCAGUGAUAGGGCACUUGACCGUAUUGAGAAUAAUCAUCAGAAAGCACAGUUUCUUCCGGCAACAAAUGUAACUGUUGAAAAGACUGCCACCUCUGGUGGUUACACAUUACGUUCUUAUCAAUUAACAGGUGUUCAAUUCAUGUUAAACAAAUUUCACAGUGGAAUGCCAUGUAUUUUGGCGGAUGAUAUGGGUCUUGGAAAGACAGCACAGAUUGCUUCUUUUCUUAAUUUUUUAAAAUCAGAACACAAUAUUGAUGGACCGCACUUAAUCGUGUCUCCACUUUCAACACUUACAAGUUGGACAAGAGAAUUGGCUCGUUGGUCUCCAACACUGCGAGUGGUAAAAUAUCAUGGAGAACGAAAAGGACGAACGGCUUUACGUAGUGCACGAGUUAAUCGUCACUGUGUUUAUGUGACCACUCCUUCUGUUCUUAAUCAAGAUCGUGGGUUUUUUCGUAAACGAGCGUGGGUUGUUGCAGUUGUGGAUGAGGCCCAUGUAUUAAAAGGAAGUAGUACCAUGAUUUCUUCAGUGGCGCGAAAACUAAAGUCAUGUUUUCGUAUUGCCGUAACAGGUACUCCAGUUCAUAAUAACGUUGGUGAGGUUUGGAGUUUGUUGAGUUUUCUCUAUCCAUCAUUCUGUACUCGCUAUGAUGGCAGUGAUGAUAAUACCGUGGAGGCAGCAGAGAACUCGGCAAGAUUAUUACAACAUAUUAUGUUACGCCGAACCAAAGGGAGUAUUGAAUUAGGCAUUCCUCCUCGUGUAGAUGAACCUACAAUUAUGAUUAAUCCUACCGGUGUUCAACAACGACUACUAACUCGUAUGACAGAACAAGUUUUGAGUGAAAAUGAAUCUAGUGGUACAUCACUUCAACUGCAUUUAACACAUCAACGUAUUGUUUGCAAUCAUCCUUUAGCAUUACGUCUCUUAGCUGCUGAAGGUCGUAAUUCGGGAAAUUCAGGAUGGGAAGAACGUAUGAUGUCUGCAGGAGUUCCAUUGGAAGAAUCCUCUAUUAUUACUCCAAGUGCAAAAAUGAUAGAAUUAGAUCGUAUGUUACGAAAAUUUAAAGAAGAAGGUCACCGUUGUCUUAUAUUCUCUAAUUUUACUUCUAUUUUGGAUCUUUUACAGGCAUUAUGUGUUUUACGGGGUUACAGCUUUGAACGUUUAGAUGGAUCUACACAACGUGUAGAACGUGAAUUGUCUAUGACCCGUUUUAAUGCCCCAGACUCCGCUUGUUUUUUAUUUCUCCUCACAACUACAGCUGGUGGCGUUGGGGUAACACUCACAGGAGCUGACACUGUUAUUCUCUUUGAUUCCCAUUAUAAUCCACAGAUUGAUCGUCAAGCGGCAGAUCGUGCCCAUCGUAUUGGACAAACACGUGUGGUUCGUGUGUAUAGACUUUGUCUUCGUAAUACUAUGGAGGAGCGAAUUCUUAAUGUGGCUUUGCGUAAAGCAUCUCUUGGUGAUUUCAUUGUGGAAGGAGGUAGCUGCAAAGGAGAUGAGUCCUCCGGUAUGUCUCUCUCCGCUGAUCGAAUUCGUCAGCUCUUUGAAGUGGCUUCUAACACUACUAAUAAUAACAACACCCUCAAUACAAAUGACAAUAAUCAUAAUCAUAUCACAGAUUCAGCUCUAGAGAAUAAGAAUAAGAAUAAGAAUGAUGAUGAUGAAGUCGUUGAUGUGGACGCUGAUGAUGUGGAUACCACAGCAGAGGAUCUCAUGGUUGAAGAUUUACUGCACAUACAGGAAGAAGGAUUACCUAAAGUAUUCACAACAAAGAUAGAGAGUCGAAGUGGAAGACAAACCGUUGGUGUUACCCACAAUUGUUUUGUAUGUGGAGAAAUUAUGCGACCUCUGGAACCAUUAUAUCAUUGUUCUGUCUGUCCAAAGGCAUAUCAUGCGGAUUGCAUUGGUGAACGAAAACUGCAGGUGGGUGUUAAUUCUCUUCGUCACUGGACUUGUUCUCGUCACAGUUGCAGUUCAUGCGGGAAGGCGCAGGCCGUUGAUGGCGCUAUCUUUAUGUGCACAGAGUGUCCAUUGGCAUUUUGCUUUGACUGUCUCGAUCCACGGUACUUUGACCUGGAUGAGAACAAGACACAGUUUGUGCAUAUUCGUCGAAUGUAUCCCGGUAUGGAGAUGGAAGGAAUGGAUGUGCGGCAAUCUGUAUACUACAUUACAUGCCUUCGCUGCUGUGGAGUACUAUCAUCAUCAACAUCAUCGUCAUCAUCAUCUGUAAGUGAUGAGGAUGAAGACGCGGUGAGUAGCAUUGAUAAUGAUAAUGAUAAUAAUAAUACUAAUAAUAUUAUUAAUGAUGAUGGGAAUGAAGGCGAAGGAGGUAUGGAUGAGAGUGUUGAGGAAGUGGAGGUUCAUCUUAUAUAA